GCAGUUUCCUUGGGCGCGAAGGAAAUGGAGAGAGAGAGAGAGAGAGAGAGAGAGAGGGAAGAAGAAAGGAAGGCAUGGAAAUGAGCAUCCACUGGAGACACACACAUCGGCCCUGAUGGGAAAGAAACCCGCAUCUAGUGGCUAUUGAGGAAUUUGGAAACCAGAAGUGCAGUCAGAAGGCCAGUUGGUCAGGAAGAAGAAAUCCUCUCAAGGGGCUAAUUUUGCAGAACUCUUUGCCUCAUUCACAGAUUAAAAGAGGGAAAAGAAGAGUCAAGUGUCUCUGGUUCAGUAAAAAUAAAUAUCACUAUCAACAUGGGGAAGAGACUCCAGAAAUGUACUGAAUGUGGAAAGAGCUUUAGUGACCGGCGCUUUCUGCAGCAACAUGAAAGAACUCACACCAGGGAGAAACCUUAUGCAUGCCUGGAGUGUGGAAAGAGCUUUGCAUACAGUGGAAAUCUGCAUUCACAUCAGAAAACUCACAUGGGGGAGAAACCCUAUCCAUGCCUUGAGUGUGGAAAGAGCUUUGCACAGAGUGAAAAUCUGCAUUCACAUCAGAAAACUCACAUGGGGGAGAAACCCUAUAAAUGCUUGGAAUGUGGAAAGACCUUUGCAAAGAGUGGAUAUUUGCUUUCACAUCGGAACGUUCACACUGGGGAGAAACCGUAUACAUGUCUGGAGUGUGGAAAGAGCUUUGCUGAGAGAACAAGUCUGCGUUUUCAUCUAAGGAUCCACACUGGGGAGAAGAGCUAUACAUGUGUGGAGUGUGGAAAGAGCUUUGCUUGGAGUGGAAAUCUGCGUGUACAUCAACGGACUCACACUGGAGAGAAACCCUAUACAUGCUUGGAGUGUGGAAAGAGCUUUGCGCAGAGUGGAAAACUGCAAUCACAUCAGAAAACUCACACUGGGGAGAAAUCCUAUACAUGCAUAGACUGCGGAAAGAGCUUUACACAGAGUACUAGUCUGCGUGCACAUGAAAGGAUCCACUCUGGGGAGAAACCCUAUAAAUGCGUGGAGUGUGGAAAGAGUUUCACGCAGAGUGGAAGUCUACAUGCACAUCAACAGACUCACACUGGGGAGAAGCCCUAUACAUGCUUGGAAUGUGGAAAGAGCUUUGCCUGGAGUGGAAAUCUACGUGUACAUCAACGAACUCACACUGGAGAGAAACCCUAUACAUGCUUGGAGUGUGGUAAGAGCUUUGCUGAGAGUGACAGUCUGCAUUCACAUCAAAGGAUCCACACUGGGGAGAAAGGCUAUACAUGUAUAGAAUGUGGAAAGAGCUUUGCUUGGAGGGCGAAUCUGCGUGCACAUCGAAGGAUCCACACUGGGGAGAAUCACUAUACAUGUGUGAAGUGUGGUAAGAGCUACACUACGAAGGAGAACCUACAAAAACAUAAAAAAUCUCACAUUGGUGAGAAACCCUAUUCAUGCCUGGAGUGUGGAAUGGCCUUUGCUAGGAGUGGAAAUCUACGUUUACAUGAAAGGAUCCACACUGGGGAGAAACCCUAUACAUGUACUGAAUGUGGAAAGAGCUUUGCACGAAGUACAAAUCUGCGUGCACAUGAAAGGAUCCACACUGGGGGAAAACCCUAUACAUGCCUGGAAUGUGGUAAGAGCUACACGACGAAUGGGAGCCUACAACAACAUAAGAAAUCUCACAUUGGUGAGAAACCCUAUACAUGCCUGGAGUGUGGAAAGGGCUUCAGUGAGAAUAGAGAUCUACGUAGACAUCAAAGGACUCACACUGGGGAGAAACCCUAUCAAUGCACGGAGUGUGGUAAGAGCUUCACUCAGAGUGGAGGGCUAAGUUCACAUCAAAAGAUCCACACUGGGGAGAAACCCUAUACAUGCCUGGAGUGUGGCAAGGGCUUCACCGAGAAUGGAAAUCUACGCAGACAUCAAAGGACUCACACUGGGGAGAAACCCCAUCAAUGCAUAGAGUGUGGUAAGAGCUUUGCUGAGAGUAACAGUCUGCAUUCACAUCAAAGGAUCCACACUGGGGAGAAGCGCUAUACAUGCGUGGAGUGUGGAAAGAGCUUCGCUUGGAGUGGGAAUCUGCGUGCACAUCAAAAGAUUCACACUGGGGCGAAACCAUAUAAAUGCCUGGAGUGUGGAAAGAACUUCACUCAGGGUUCAAGUCUACGUUUGCAUCAAAGAACUCACAUUGGGGAGAAACCACAUAAAUGUCUGGAGUGUGGAAAGAGCUUCACUCGCAGUGAUAGUCUAUGUUCACAUCAAAGAACUCACACUGGGGAGAAACCGUAUAAAUGCCUGGAGUGUGGAAAGAGCUUCACUCAGGGUUCAAGUCUACGUUUACAUCAAAGAACUCACAAGCAGUCCUAGGUUGUAAACAGGAUAGUUUCUGUAGGUUUGUUCUUCAGUGGAAUUUGUAUAUAAGAACAGAUAUGUUUUAAAGUAUAAUUCUAGCCAUUUUUAAAGUUUUUUUUCCGUGUCAGGAGCAACCGGAGUUGCUUCUGGAGUGAGAGAAUUGGCCGUCUGCAAGGACAUUGCCCAGGGGACGCCCGGAUGUUUUGAUGUUUUACCAUCCUUGUGGGAGGCGUCUCUCAUGUCCCCACAUGGAGCUGGAGCUGAUCCACACUCUCCCCGGGUGGGAUUUGAACCUGGCAGCUUUCAGGUCAGCAACCCAACCUUCAAGUCGUGAGGCUUUUAUCCCCUUGGCCACCGGAGGCUCCCCAUGCUUUUGGGGUUUAAAGUUUUGUAGUAUAGGGAAAGGUUCACACCCCUGUAACAUGGGUUUUGCUACCUGUGUUCCUGUUCAGAAGAUUCCCCCUCACUUUCUGUCCCUGUGAGAAUUGCAUUUUGAGAAUUCGACAGUGGCCCCUUGGCUCUGGAACUCUCUCCCGAAGGACACCAGAAUGGCUCCCUCCCUGAUGCCAUCCUUCAGAAAGCAAAUAAACAAUCCCCUGGUACCCAUCUAGUUUUCAGUUAUUGUUCUAUUUCAGUUUUCUAUCCAUUUAUGUCUAUUCCAUUUUAUUAUUAUUCCCAUUAUUUUCAGCUGGUUAUAGUUAUGUUCAUUAUUAUUUUAGAGUAUGCAAAAUGCUAAUAUGCUUCACCCCAGUCUAAGGCUCUUCCCAUGACCUUGUAGCACCUUAACUUCCUUCUUGUUUACAAGUUCCACUCAGUGCACUUUGCCCAGCUCAUUUUAUGUUUUUAUUGCUGUGUUUCUCAAGUGUUUUAUAAUGAUUGUGAUUUUUAAUGCCUUUUAAAUUUAUUUGUGUGUUUUUGUAUUUGAUUUUAUUGUAUGUUGGUUUUAUAUCUGUAAGCCGCCCCGAGUCCCUCUGGGGAGAUGGUGGCGGGGUACAAAAAUAAAAUUAUUAUUAUUAUUAUUA